CUUUUUCCUUUCAAAUUUUUCAAUUCUCUUUUUUCUUUUACUUUUUUAUUUUCCACUUUACUACACAUUUCUUCAUUUUUCUAUUACAUAUCUGUCAUAAAUAAUGGCAAACGUGACAAAUCGUUUCAACGUUCUUUUGAACGACGACGACACUGAAGUUGAUAAGCUUGGUAAUAUCAAGCCUAAGGAGAAGAAGGACGACGAUAAUAAGAGAGCUCCUACUCGUAAGGAAGUUCGUAAGAGUGCCAAUAACAGACUUGCUGUCUCCCCACCAUCAAGACGUGACCGUGGCCCACGCAGAAAUGAAGCCAGUGAAGACGUUUCUGCCCCCGCUUCUGCUGAAAAUGAUAGAAGAGGCCCCAGACCCGAACGAGGUGGUCGUAUGGAAUAUAACAACCGUGGUCGCCAAUAUGAUCGUCACAGUGGUACUGGUAUUAUCGAUAAUGAAAAGAAGAUUAGACAAGGUUGGGGUGAAGCUGGCACUGCUGAAUUCCAAGGUGCACAUGAUACCUUAGACCCCAAAGACCCUGAUGCACCUGAAGGCCGUCCUAGGCGUGAUAAUGAAGCCGAUGAUAAUACAAAGACUCUGGAUGAAUAUCUUGCAGAAAGGAAGUCUUCUUUCCGCCUUGAGCAUGCUCGUAAGCCUAAUGAAGGUUCUAACGAUGCUGAAUGGAAGGAUGCUGUCCCUCUUCAAAAGGAUGAAGAUAACUACUUUGUAGGCAGCAAGGAAACUGAAGCCAAAUUAAGAAAUAAGGCCAAGAAGGAAAAGGUUCAUUUGGAAAUUGAUCAACCAGCUUAUCGUGGUAAUGACCGUGGAGGUCGCGGUGGACGCGGUGGACGCGGUGGACGCGGACGUGAUAACCGUAACAAUGGCGGACGUAACAAUCAAGGCUCUGUUAACUUGUCUGAUGCCAAUGCUUUCCCUACGUUAAGCAGUGCCUAAUCACGAAGAAAAGCAAUUAGGUGCUUCCUCUUGUCAUGAAAUUCAUUUCUACCUCUUGGAAAAAAAACAAUCCCUCCCCCUACAGAACUUGUAAAGUUAUAAAAAUGUAUUAAAACUUGAAUAAAAAGGAUGAUAAAAGUUUAUAAACAAAAAAAAAUA